AUGUCAUCGAUACUUCAGAUGUUCGAGGUUAUCAAAACCUUAACUUCAUUUGCAUCAACUUGUACCACAAGCUUGUCAACAAGUUCUCCACCAUGUACUAUCACCACCAAAAUCCUUGAUUCACAUGUAUUCCAACGUGGAAUAUCCGAACACGAAAUAAAUUCAACCCCAGCUCAAAUUUUGAGAGGAUCAAUGAUCCUUUUCGUCUAUGAACCAGUAUUGAUUUCAAAUAUUAAAGUACGCUUUUUCGGUAAACAAAUUAUUUUGACCGGUGAUGAUCCAGAGAAGAGAAUAUUGGCGGAUGACGUAUUCACGUGGAAUUAUUCACAACCACACGAAUCAACCCCUAUAGGAGUAUACACAUACCCAUUCCAAUUUAUUAUACAAUCAGACCUCCCUGAAAGUAUCAUAUCUCCAUAUGUUAAAGUAAACUAUUCCAUCAAUGCUUCAGUCAAUUACAUUGAUCCAACUUCAAAAUCAUUCAAUACACUACAAUUAAAAGCUGUCGAAAGAAAAAUUAAUUUACUUAGAUGUGUUAUUGAACAUUCAAGUACAAAUACUGAAUCAAUUGCAAUUACUGGUAAUUGGAGAAAUAUACUUAUCUAUGAUUUUAAUUUCCAAAAUAAAGUUGUAUUCCAAGGAAAUUCAUAUAUUGCAACCAUUAAGAUUUAUCCUUCAACAUUACUUUUGAAAUUUAAAGUGUAUAGUAUAAGUAUUUGGUUAAAUCAAAUCAUUUGUACAAAUGGGAUCAAUCCAAAUGAAAAGCAAUUUGAAGAAACAAAUAAAAUUCUUUUAAGAAGGAAACUUCUUUCACUACAUGAUAAAGAUAUCAAUAUGAAUCAAUAUAUGUCAACUAUUGUCGUCCCUAUACCUAAACAGGACAGGAUUCAAACCGAUAUAAAUAAAGAGCCUCGUUCAAUAUAUCCACGAAUUGGAUAUACUAAUUCUACAAACAUCCAUAAAUCAGUUCGUAUACAUCAUAAUAUUAAAAUUUGUCUUGAAGUAAGUGAAAUCCAAGAAAAUACUUCAACUUCAUUUCCAUCAAAUAAUGAUAUUCAACUAGAUAGUAAAUCCAAUUUAAGGAAUUCUCCCCCUAACAAUAUCGCAUAUCACCCAUGUUUGAGUGAUCGAAAUCGAUACAAGAAGGUUGAGUUGGCUUUCCAUGCCCCAAUCUGUAUUUUAGAUGAACUUUCUUCUACAGGUUUGGCAACACCGCCAUUAUACUCCCACAAGAGUAUUCCAAAUAAACCAGACGAGGAAUUAAGUUGGGGAGUUCCUCCACCAUAUGACGUCAAUUUGCAAUAA